ACCAUCAUUUUUGAAUGGGAUGCAUUUGGAUGGUUAUAAUGAGGAAUUGCACCUUGCUUUUGAAUUUCAGGGUCCUCAACACUAUAGUCUAAAUUCAAUGUUUCAUAGGAGAGGCCAGAUAGAUUUGGAGCAACAAAAAAUCAGAGAUCAAAAAAGUGAAAUAUAUGCAAAGAACGAGGUAUAA